GUGAUAGAGGCGGGGAGAUCUGACAGCUGCAGACAAUCCUGGUCCUCCCUCACAGUACAACACCGCUCAACUUAACCACCCACGCUUUAACCUAAUACAAAAAAUAAAUAUAUAUACACAAUGGCCCCCAAGCAGCGAAUGAGGAUUGCUAACGAUAAAGCCGCCAAGAACGUCACCCAGAGAGGAAAUGUGCCUAAAACAACGAAAGCUGAUGAUGAAAAUUAUCCCGUGGGCCCAUGGCUUCUUGGCCUCUUCAUCUUUGUAGUGUGUGGUUCAGCUGUAUUCCAAAUCAUCCAGUCCAUCAGAAUGGGUUGAUCAUCAAGAGAGGCAGUUGAAUAAGAGGUUGUUGCUCCUCUUCAAUUUUUGCCCCUAAAUGUUGGCUCAUUACUUGUGACAACAUUUUGGACACCAGGAUAUGAAUCCCAACACAUGGACCUCCUACUGGAUUGCUCUCUCACGGAUACUGGACAAUGAUGGCAGAAUGAUGCGCACAUUCAUCUUUAUUCCUUUCCAUUUAGUAUUAAGAUACAUGGGUUAAAAUGUUACAACAUUUAAUUUGAGGGUCUUAGUUUAAUUGGUUUUUGUUAAUGUUUACUUAAGAUCAUUUGCUCUAUUACUUUGAUGGUUUCCACUAUAUGUAUAUUUGUAUAUAAGGAGUCUAUAUUUAUAUUGAAAUGGAAUACAACCCCUAAAGCUGAGUUGCAGUGGACUCCAUAGCCUAUAUGUUAAGAGUUUUACAUGUUGCCAAUAAAGUAAUAUAGGGGGAAAAUGUUUUAUUUUAUCCCAUGUGCAUUUUAAUUCUCCUCUGUUGGGAUAUAUAAUUAUUUUUUUUAUUUUAUGCAAAGUUUUUGUGGAGCACAUCACUGAAACUACUCGACCAAUCAUAUUUGUGUUUUUACAGGAUAAUACAUGUGCAGCAUAUCAAAUCUGUUUCAGAGGUAUAAACCUCUGGAGCAUAACUCACACGUUGAUGCAGAUAUGUUGGUGAAACUUCAUAUGAAUUUGUAUCACCUAAGUGUGCUGAAUGACAGUCAGGCUCUGUCAAGAUCAAAACCUUGUUCAGGGCUUGCACUUUUCUGCAUAGGGUUGAGGGUGACCUUUUCUAAUUGCUUAUAAAUAUGUAGCUAUUAAAUCUAUUUAACCUUCGA